AUGCCGGGUCAACGUUGGCUUAACAGAAUCCUCCGUGGACUCGCGUUUUCGUACGUGGUUAUGCUCCAGGGAGGCGAUUGUACAGCAUACAACACCGGAAACAAGAAUAUUGGGCAUCAAUCAUUUGAACCGACAGCUCGAGUUCUAAAUGGGACUUACUAUGGUGUCCACAAUGACCAUUAUGGCCAGGACCUCUUCCUAGGCAUGCCUUACGCCCAGCAGCCCGUCGGAGACCUCCGGUUACGAACACCACAAUCCCUCAAUGAAUCGUGGACGACGCCCAGAAAUGCAACAGAGUAUUCACCGGCAUGCCUCGGCUAUGGCCAAACGUCCGGGGCCUCUGAGGCCUGCCUUACGCUGAACGUCGUCCGCCCCAGUGGCGCUUCCCCUGGCGAUAAUCUGCCAGUGGCUGGUACCUAG